CUACAUAAGUAGACCCGGCUGAGGGAUGAGUCUUAAGUCGAAUUGUCCACUGAACACCAUGAAGGUCCUCCCCACUGUGCUGCUGCUGGCCCUCGGCCUCUCAGUCACUCAGGCAUAUCUUGACUACAGGGCUCUGUGGCAGUUUAGGGAUAUGAUCAUCUGCACGAUUCCCGACAGCUGGCCAGCCCUGGACUACAGCGACUACGGCUGCUACUGCGGAAAGGGCGGCUCGGGCACACCAGUAGACGACCUGGACAGAUGCUGCGAGGUCCACGAUCGCUGCUACAGUGAUGCCAUGCAGCACAACGCCUGCUGGCCAAUCCUGGACAACCCUUACACUGAGAUCUACGCCUACUCGUGUGACAAGGAGAACAAGAAGAUCACCUGCAAGAGCAACAACAAUGAGUGUGAAAUGUUUAUCUGCGAGUGUGACCGGAAGGCUGCUGAGUGCUUCGCUGUGUCGGACUACAAUGAAGAGCACAAGCACCUCCCCAGCGAUCGCUGCAAAUAAAGCCACAAUACACCUUUAGACUGGACUGAUAUUAAAGUCAUUGGUUUUGUAUUACAGAAUAAACUCAGCAUGAACAAGCUACUGGCAUGGCACAUACGGUCACUUUAUACACUGUCUCUUCCUCCAUGUAUCCUCUUGGUAACACUACAUGUCCACACUGCUGUCCCAUGACUUAUGGCAUGCCAGUGUAUAUUGGCAUUCCACCAUGGUCCUUGGAGGAACGUUGUUUCGUUUCACUGUGUACUCUGUAUAUAGCUGAAAUGACAAUAAAAACCACUUUGACUUUGA